GCGAGACCUCCGCUCCUCCCUCAAACCACUUUUUUCCUUAUACUUGUUACAAGUCAAACUUCCCUUCCUCAACCGACAAAAUGGUAAGCUGAACCGUCGUCUCUGUCUUCCUUCGCCAUACUACAAUCUGCGCAUCGAUGGCCGCCCUCAGCGGAUGGGGUGAAACCCGAUGCGUAGCAAUAUUUUCCGCCAGAAUUUGCCUGGGGACAUCAUGAGCGUGAGGAAGGAUUCCACAGCCUGACCUCUUUACUGAGGGCUCAGUCAAUGAAUCAUCCCGCUCACUUUGUCGCCUUGCUUGAUUCUCGGUGAUGACUCCGGCUGGAGAAGGAGAAUCUCAGAAUGCAGCUUGCCACUGCUCUGGGCGUCCCUUCUCCUUAGAGUUCAAAGAAAACUUUUGUGUCAGUGGGAGGAUGUUUACUGACGUUUUCUUUGCUCAAUGACAGCCACCAAAGGGGAAGAAACCCGCGCCCGCGCCUUUUCCGCAAGGAAAGGCUGGUGCUACCAAGAAGGCUGCCAAGAACCCUCUCCUCGAGAAGCGCCCUCGGAACUUUGGCAUCGGUCAAGAUGUCCAGCCCAAACGAAACCUGUCUCGCAUGGUCAAAUGGCCAGAGUACAUCCGCCUGCAGCGGCAAAAGAAGAUUUUGAACAUGCGCCUCAAGGUCCCUCCUGCGAUCGCUCAGUUCCAGCACACUCUCGAUCGAAACACCGCGGCGCAAUGCUUCAAGUUGUUGAACAAGUACCGCCCUGAGACCAAGGCACAGAAGAAAGAGAGACUCCACCAGGAGGCGACUGCUGUGCAAGAGGGGAAGAAGAAGGAGGAUGUGAGCAAGAAACCCUACACGGUCAAAUACGGUCUCAACCACGUCGUCGGCCUCAUCGAAGCCAAGAAGGCAUCCCUCGUUCUGAUCCCUAACGACGUCGACCCCAUCGAACUCGUCGUCUUCCUCCCUGCUCUCUGCCGGAAGAUGGGUGUCCCUUAUGCCAUCAUCAAGGGAAAAGCCCGUCUUGGCACCGUGGUUCACAAGAAGACCGCUGCCGUGCUUGCUCUGACGGAAGUCAAGGGCGAGGACAAGUCGGAGUUGUCCAAAUUGGUCAACGCCAUCAAUGAGGGCUACACCAACAAGUACGAGGAGCAUAGGAGACACUGGGGUGGUGGGAUCAUGGGUGUCAAGGCCGUCGCCAGGAUGGAUAAGAAGAGGAAGGCCAUCGAGAGUGCCAUCAAGAUCUAAGCCACCCGCUCCCCUUUCGCCCCUCCUGUUCUUCCGGGACCUCCUGGGAGAAAGAACCCAAGGUGCAACUUCUGAGACAAAUGGCUUUCGAUUUGCUCAUGUCGUGUCAUGGGAUGCGUGCUGAAUGUUGAGGAGGAGAACGGUCAUUGAACGUUGGCCGGGUACCUGUCGACGAAGAGAGAGAUUGACGCCCGGGACCGAAGCUAUGGUCCGCUAAACAAACUGUUGCCUUGCGGUUGUCAUUGCCGGACUGAUGGAAGGAGCCGGGGUCAAAGGCAGCGGCCAUCGAACUCCCCCGGGUCUGCGCGCAAGCAAGCACUUACAUACCCAUCUCGUUGUGUGUGAGCUACGUGUCCCGGGCCUUCGUGGUCGUGAUGAUGGUUCGCGUCAAGGUCAAGGUCAAGGUCAAGGUCAAG